GAGUUUAACUAUAGAAGAAAAGAGGGAGAGACACAAAGGGUUUUAGGAGGUUUUAAGCAGAGCAUCCAAAACGCAACCACCAAUCUCCGCCACCCACAAUGUCCGCCGCCGCGAAGCAAACCCUAGCUGACCACCCUGAACCCAAACCUGAGCAGCUCCUCCCUCCGGAUCUUCCAGCUCCGGAGACUCUCCCGUUGGAUCAGCCUCGUUCGGAUCCUUCCGAACCCGAAGCAAAGCAAAAUCUCGAUCACCAUGAAGAAAAGGAAGGGGAAGUAGAAGAAGAGGAAGAAGAAGGAGAGUGCGGGUUUUGCUUGUUCAUGAAAAGUGGCGGUUGCAGGGAAUCGUUCAUCGAGUGGGAGAAGUGCAUCGAUGAAGCAGAGAAGAACAAAGAGGACAUCGUUGAGAAGUGCGUCAAUGUCACGGCGGCGCUGAAGCAGUGUAUGGAGGCCCACUCCGAUUACUACGAACCCAUCCUCCGCGCAGAGAAAGCCGCCGAGAAGCAAGCCCUCGCGGAAUUGGAGAAAGAAGCCAUGGAGAAAGAGUCCAAGGAGCAAGAUAGGGCUUCUUCUGAUUCUGAUAAAAAUUUAGAGGCUUAAGUUAUUGGAGAUGGAGAGGAUGGCUGACUACAGAAAGAGACAUUUUUGAACUCACAAUAAAUUGGAAUUUCUUAUGAAUACGUUCUUACUUGAAUUCACAUAUAUGAUAUUGAUAGGUAAUCUAUCUCUGUUCAAUAAUUCAAUUUGUAUUAGAAAUAACGUUAUGAUGAACUGAUUACAAUUUUUGAACAAGUUAUACAAAAUUCAUGUCAUGUUUUGCUCUA